AGAGAGUGCAAGAGAGCGAAAGCACAAGAGUGGCAAAAGCUCGAAAAGGAUGUCGAAAGGAAGUGGCGACUGCAGAUAUUUUUUACCAGUUGUAUGUUGGCCGAGGGUUCGCGUGGCGGGGGCGGCAACGACGAUGACAUUAUUUUAUUUAUGCUGUGAUAGUGAAAUAACAACAACAACAAGAAUAACACCAAUAACAACAACACCCAGCCCCCCUCAAAUCAAUCGCAAUAUUUUCGAUGAGAUACGCAAAACCAAUGGAUAGUCAUUACAUUUAACGAUUAAAACGAGAAAUUAACCAAAAGCUUUAACCACAAAUAUAAAAACACCAAGCAAAUCGUUGCAAACCAUAAAAAAUAACUAAAUAAAUAUUUAAUGCAUAGUGAAAACAGCACCAAUUAGAGCAUAACCUAUAAAAUAUUAGUCAAUAUGUUUAGCUAGUUACAAUUUAAAUAGAUAACAUUUAAUUAGUGGCUUCAAACAAAACACCAACAAAAGGAGAAAAACCAAUACCUAGAUUCUACUGUAAGGAACGCAAAACUAACGAAUAGCGAUUAGGAAAACUGGCCAACUGAUAAGGCUGGCGAAAAUAUUAAGCUUAUAGCAAAUAGGAAAUAAUAAUAGCAACGGCUCCCCCCAUCCACGCCGAAAGCCCAUGAAAAGCAGAUUCAUUCAGAAAACGUGCCACACAACCGGACGGCAGCGACGUCGACUGAGGCAGCGACGGACAACGGUAAAUGUCAAAGUCAUAAAGAGAAAGCAGCGAAAUGCCGAUGAGAGAAAGCACAAAAUAAAUGUCAAAAUCAUAAUGAGGGAUGAAAGCUAAUCAGAGCUUUAGAGAGUAGCAACGUCAAGUGUCAAAGUCAUAAAGAGAAUGUAAGGAAAGUGCCGGAAAGAGAAAUAACGAAAAGCUCAAACGUAGUUGACAAAUGGGGAGUAAGAAGAAAACCUCCGGUUAAAUGCUUAACUAUUGGUUAAGGGAUCUGAACGGGCAACAUCUCUGAAUACAAGGAAGCAAAAAAUCACUUAAUCAAAGAGGAUAAUGACUAAAUCUUAUGAUAACAAAAAAACUUCCGGUAAAAUUAUUUAGCAGAUGUUUGGUUAAACGUGUAAGGAGUAGAAAGAAAGAACAAACUGGAUCUAAAAGGAGGUCAGGAUAAAAGCUCUUUCAGAAGAGAGACCAUUAAUGAUUUGACAUAGUUUCGUUCAAAAGUCAAAGAUAACAAAAAAGCUAAGAAUAAAGAGAAGAUUACCAUAUAAGAAGAGAGUAAAAAGGAAAGUGAAAGUAAAAUUAAAAGCUUAGUGAAUCUCCUUAAAACUAGACCAAUGAGAAAGCCUUAAGUGAAAGCUCAGGAUAAAAGCUCAAGCACGGCUUUUGGCCAAGACACAAGCCAAUAAAUCGAGACCAAUGGCCACCACAACGUUGGGAAUGGGAGGAGGCCAAGGGGCUGGAGGAGCGCCAGCCGGAUCAGCGCAUCCCGACGAUGCUAGCAGCAUGAGCGACGACGUCUUCGAGGAUGCAGAGACCACCCAGGCCAGGAUCGAAGAGCUGCGUCGUCGGCCCUUCGGCGAUGGCUGUUACAAUCCCCCCGCAGCGCCCGCCUCCGUUUCCGCCUCGAUAACGACAACGUCGACGCAGCACCACCAUCAUAAUCCUUCGUAUCAUCACCACCACAGCCAGCAGAGUUUAACCGGAAGUCAUCACUACCACGACGAUACGAUAAUGGCGCCUGUUCAGCGAUCAGCCACCGGUUAUCCGGGUUAUCGGCCCUCUCGCGAAGCAAUGCAGAUGUAUGCAUAUGGCGCCGAGGACUACGAGGACGACUACAACGAUGGCUGGCGAUCGUAUCGCUACGAUGAAGUCGAUAUGCACCCAGCCCAGCCCACCGCACAUCAGCAGCCCUUUGAUGAUACUGUUAACCACAAGACCAUCCUCCUGGGAGACUCGGGAGUGGGCAAGACAUCCUUUCUGGUGAAAUACAAUACGGGCGAGUUCAGGCUAGGUUCCUUCUCCGCCACAGUGGGCAUUGCGCUAACGAACAAAGUGGUGGUCGUCGAUGGCACACGCGUCAAGCUGCAAAUCUGGGACACGGCCGGUCAGGAGCGUUUCCGUAGCGUUACCCAUGCCUACUACCGCGACGCCCACGCUCUGCUGCUGCUGUACGAUGUCACCAACAAGACAACCUACGACAACAUACGCGCCUGGCUGGGCGAAAUCCGGGAAUACGCGCAGGAGGACGUGGUCAUCGUUUUAAUAGGAAACAAGGCGGACUGCAGCAGCAGCGAACGUCAGGUGAAACGGGAGGAUGGGGAGCGUUUGGGAAGGGAGCACAACGUACCCUUCAUGGAGACCUCGGCCAAGACGGGACUCAAUGUGGAGCUGUCCUUCACAGCGGUGGCCAGGCAACUGAAGAGUCGCGGCUAUGAGCACGGCGAUGAUGGAAAGUUCAAUGUUCAUGAUUUUGUGCGUGACAAUACAAAGGCGCGUUCGGUUUGCGCCCAAUGCAGGAACAUGUAAUUGCAAUUGGCCAACUCGCGAAUAAAACAAAAGCCAUAUCCUCCCGAUCCCGCGCACAAAGACAACAAUAAACCGGCAGUCAGAUCAAAGGGAAGUGAGGCAGUCUGAAGGAGACAGAGAGACGAUGGCAGAGUAGAACUUCUGCAUUUAUUGAAGAAAAAAACAAAGGAAAUAUAACAAAGAUGGCACCAAUUUUGUAAGACCCUAGUGAGGUGGUAGAUUAUUCGGUAUGUUUUGUAUUGUAAAUGGGAAUUUCGGGGCAGCGGAACGGGACGCGAUACGUAUAAUUUUUUUAGGGCAGGCCAUUGGCGUAUGCGGCAUAUACAUAUAUAGUAAAUGUAGGCCAAUGCAUAAAUAUUGAACAAUAUAUAUAUAUACAAAUAUCCAUAUACAACUGCAUAAAUUACUUUAACGAGGAAGAAAAAAAAAGCAGAAGAAACGCAGCAAAAUCAUGCAACAUUGAGAUUUAUCCAGCACGCCCGGUUGGACUUCGCUGAGAAACGUCUUCGCUCUGAUAAAAUAAACCUACCUAAAAACGAAGAAAAUGAAUAACUUAGAGAAAAGCUCGAGAAGUACCAAAUCCAAUUAAUGAGAAACAAUCACUCAAUUUACCUACUAUUAGUUGUAUUGUUUUUACUCCUAAUUGUUAAGUGUUAUGGCCUAUCGUUAAGUUUUUGGACCCACUCGAGGAUCUCUGGAAAUUAUUUACACACCCCACUAAUGAAUAUCCUACGCAACUAAGUUAAUUACGACAACCCAUGUCUUAUCUAUGUAAGCCCAAUCCAAAAUCCAUUUGAAAAUAUUUUGAAGAGCGCGCCAAGGCGAAGGUUGCGAUCAAUCAAAGGCAGUUAAACCUAUUACUAUACUGAGCUACUACAGCAAAUGAAAAAAAAGAAUCCGACGCAUGCAUAUAUCACGGGAUGGAUGUAAACUAGCUACUAAACAGCGUUAUAUUCAAGACGUCAUGUCUUUACCAUAAACAGCAAAUACAUAUUUACAUUGAAUGUGGUUUAAAAAAACGAAAAACUUUCUUUUAUUUUUAGAA